CCUCCCCCUAAACAAACGUUAAACCUCAUGAAAACUGGACCUCGUGUGGGUAGUCAGCUAGGGCGUCUAUCUAAUAAGGAUACUAACACUGAGCCUCGAGCAGGGCUUUAACUCCAUCUCGAACCUUCUAUAGCUACCCUUGCUUUUACAAUUGACUAGAAUUUAGCUCGUGCCCUGAGUAUCGCUAGGGUCGUCUACCAGUUAAAAUACGCCUUCCAGGUGUUUAGCCUAUAAAAGUCCACCUUUGACGUUUGUUUAGGGGGGGGAAUAGUAUCAGAGGUAAGUUAACAGAGGUUUGGCCCGGAUCAAUUUUUGCCUCUCCAUACCCCCAAAUAUCAGCCGUAUACCACUUACCAGCGCGCAAGGCCUUUUUCUUGUUGCAAAUUAAUAUCCAUAUAGUCUUCUAUCAUUUCCUAACUUCUCAGAUGAAGAAAACGCGCCCGUCAGAGUGUGGUCCAGGUUCAGCAAGCGGAACAGGGUGUGGCAAGUCUGGUGAGAUUCUGUAGUCGGCAUUCACCAUGAUAUAGCACACGCCUUGACAGGACAGUCUACAUAAAGACUCACCGCCCUGAAGGGCCGCCAAUUACGAAAUCUCACACGUGGAUAGAAACUCCCUGAUCAUCCUUGUAAGGACUUGGAAGGCUUGCGGCUCUUGCCAAACAGCGCACAGCUUACAGAGAACUGAGCACCAACGGUCAAUCAUGCGUGUCUCUAAAGUGGACCUGAUGUGAACGUCGCUCAUCACACUUGUCCCAAUCUGCGCACUGCGAAGAAGCAGGGUGACUUCGAAAUUCUGCGAUUGUCUGCGGUAUGCUGGGUGUAUGUACGUCUAGGGUUGUAACUUCAUUCUUGUGGUCUGUGUUUGUUGAUCAGAUGAUAUUUAUCUGCUGUGCUGACAUGCUCAGAACAUUUGUCACUUACCUGGACACGUGAGCUAAUCUGUAUAACGCAUCAGUUCGGUACACGAACUCAAGUCUAUGGGUACGUAUAUAUUUCUCCGCUCCGGAUUGUCUCUGUAGGUGAUCAUCGUCAUCGGAGCGGAAGUUACUGUCGCAUGUUGGGGACUUGUCGCGGGACUGCGACCGCAGCAGACAGCUCAUGGAAAACAGACCAAACCACGUUGUGUGCCACGUCUCCAGGUCGUUUCUACUCUCUAUUCUGCUAUAAGAUGAUGCAAUGCAAUUAUAUGCUGUCCAUGGCCCCAAUCAUUUGCACGAUAAAGCUGACUUCUAUCGUUCAUUGGCUAUGAUUGGCUGUUUGGUUGGUUAAGCGAAGAUGGCGAAAUAAGCUGCGAGCAUGAGGAAUUGCGUCUCUCGGGCACCGCAUUAUUCAGCACAAAUGACUGAAUGAUUUACCCAUUUGUAUUACUUAGAUUCAAACUUGCUCUUCAGUUUUCGUCACAAUUAAGCUCUUGCCUGGGUCUGUUUUGUUUCAUUUGGUAUUGGUCAGCAACCGGCAUUGGUACUUCCAGGACAUCGGAGCUGAUCGUUGGAGCCUUUCAUUGGAAAUAAUUAGCUUCGAAUUCUCUCUAAUGGUUCAUAGAAAGCAUCGCGUUGCUGUUAUUGGAGCUGGUGUGGUGAGUCUAGCAACGUUCCAGACUUAAAGAGCAUCUCAGCCCAAUUUCGGAGGAAGAAAUCGACGCUACGAUAUUCACGAGUCAUCAAUGCUAACUUCAGAAGAGUGGUGUAGCGUCUGCAAGACAUCUUACGGCUGUAGGGGUAGAUGUUGUCGUCUUCGAGAGAUAUAAGACAUCGGGUGGCAACUGGUAAACUUCGCCUUUGUCUUCUGUUUGCAAUGGCUUAUGCUAUUAGGACCUACGAUGAGCGAAAGCCCAUAGAGCCGCCAUAUCCUUCGAUCAAGCCUUCCGCUGCCGAUUUUGUAGCUGAGUUUGAUGGCAAGACCGAAAGUUCCAAGUACGGCCGAACCAACGGAGCCGAUGCUGACUUGGACCUUGAGGAGUUGAGGUUUGCUCCUCCCGGGUGAGCACUAUUUCUUGAAAUUAUCAUUCACACGCUGAAUGUCUACAGCCCGGCCUACUCAGGUCUCAUGAAUAACGUCCCAACAUCGCUCCAAGAAAUGAAGGGCCAUCCAUGGCCCGCUGGAACAGAUAGUUUUGUCAACGUUCGUAUCAAACAGCAGUACAUCCAAUCCUAUUCCAAGUCAUUUGGAGUUGAGCCCUUGAUCCGGUACAACACUCGGGUCGAGGGGCUGAGGAAAGUCAGUACUAAGUGGGAGGUGCGGUCUACUACAUUUAUUAGAGUAGGACCACGACGGGGACAAAAAUGGCACUCUGUUGAGGAGUUUGAUGGUGUUGUAGUAGCUUCUGGACAUUAUCAUGCCGCCAAGAUUCCAGAUAUACCUGGUUUAAAGGAAUGGAAGACCUCCUGGCCAGACCGAAUUUACCACUCGAAGAGUUACCGGAAACCAGAUGAGUUGAAAGGCCAAACUGUCUUGAUCAUCGGGGCAGGAGUAUCAUCGACAGACAUUGCAAGGGAAAGUCACCUCGGAGCAAAGAGAAUCUAUCAAUCGAGUCGAGGGGGUAUAUUUGACACGCCACUCGACUGGAUCCCACCAGAUACGGAGCGUGUCACGGGGAUUGCUAGCUUUGAGGUUCCAAAAAAGGGCCAAGAAACCCCUGGGAACAUCACUCUCACGGACGGGAGAGUACUAACUGAAGUCGACAAAGUCAUCAUUGCAACAGGCUACCUCUUCUCCUUGCCAUUCUUGGUCAGUUUGCAUGACGAUUCAGCUACACCAGAGAAAGCCAGCGAUACAGUCCUUGUCACUGAUGGUUCUCAAAUCCACAACCUCCAUAAGGACAUCUUUUACAUCCCGGAUCCAACUCUGACGUUUGUCGGGAUACCAUUUUACACUGCAACUUUCACUCUUUUCGAGUACCAGGCCAUCACGGUAGCAGCAGUCUUCGCUGGGUUCGCACAGACUCCGUCAGAGGCGGCCAUGCGUACUGAAUAUGCUGAGAAGACGAAAGUAAAAGGAUAUGGCAGAUCUUUUCAUUCUUUGAUGAAUGCGCAAGUGGAAUACGUGGAUUCACUGGUGAGAUGGGUGAAUAGUCAAGCGGAAACGACAGGCGGAGCCAAGAUCCAAGGUCACUCUCCUGAAUGGAUUGAAGAGUCGAAGUCGAUCCAUCCAAAGUUUCUGAAGUUUCUCGAAACAAGAAUCAAUGGGCACAGGGUCGGUGAUGAUGUCUUACGUGCGGAGGUAUAA